AUGUUGACCCGCCUCCUCUCACUCCUCCUCUCCGCGCCCGACCUCAUCGCUGGCCACGGCUCGAUGGCCGUGCCUCCGCCGCGCGGGAUGCACGGCAGGCCCAUCGAGUGCUUCACUAAGAAGGGCGGCAAACGGUACUGCAAUGCUGGGUGCCCCGAAGAGAACUGCCUCUGGUACCAGGUCGGCUGCAUGGUCGGAUGCGACGACUGCUCGCUCGAGGGUAAGCAGAUGUGGCCGACCCCGGCCGACGUGCAGUGUAAACGCAACGGCUCCCUCGUCCCGCCCGGCAAGACACCAUUCCCAAUCCCGCGCACGGUGCCUGCAGAGGCGCGUUCGUGGAACCUAAAACUGCGGAGCCCGGCCGGCGAUUUUACCGCAUACAUGCCUUGGGCUUCGCCGGGAGCCUCGCCGGUCGCUGACCCGUGUGGCGUGGCAUCUGGCUUUGGAGCGUCGGCGCACACGCCGAGCUACGUGCACGCGCCAAAGGGGUAUCGCGUGGGCGAGCUUGGCUCGCGUGUCCUCGAGCCGCUCCCCACCAAGACGGUCGUGCGUGCGGGCGGGACGCUUGAGACGGGCUUCGGCGUCAAGGUGAACCACGGUGGCGGCUACUCCUUCCGCCUUCACCCGCUGGCGUUCGCCUCCCCCAACCACACCGUCUCCUUCGUCGACGGCUCGAGAGCCAACCUGUCGCUGCCCGCACUCACAGUCUCGCGGGGCACCACGCCCGCUCGGUCGCAGUGGCGGGAGGCGGGAGGCGGUGCGGCGGCGGCGAGGCUUGCGCGGGAGGACGCUUGGGCGUGGGAGGCGGCGGAGGAGGCGGAGGACCCGCCGCCGCGCUGCCCAACGGGCACUCAGUUUGCGGUGCCGGCCGACGACUUGUAUGGAUACGGCGACCUGCCUCCCGUGCUGGUCACGGAUUUGCUGCGUGUGCCCGCCGGCUUGCGGGGCGACUUUGUCCUCUCCUGGCGCUGGGACUGCGAGCAGACAGACCAGGUGUGGAGCACGUGCGCCGACGUCACCAUCGUGGCCUGA